AUGCUGCUCCUCAAGGCCGUCGGCGCUCUUUUGGCGGCCGUGUGUGCAGUAGAUGCGCUCUCAAUUGGCGGCCGGCGCAUGAAAGUUAAUGUCGAUACCCGGGAUGUUGCUGCUGCUGCCCAGACACUCGUUACGUUUGAUGAGACAUCGUUGUUUAUAAAAGGUCAACGCGUCCUUUUCUACUCGGGAUCAUUCCACCCCUUCCGCCUGCCCGUCCCAGGCUUGUGGCUGGACGUCUUUCAAAAGAUCAAAGCCUUAGGAUACAAUGGCGUGACGUUCUACAUUGACUGGAACCUCCUGGAGGGCACCCAAGGCCGCUUCCAAGCCGAUGGUAUCUUUGCGUUGGAACCCUUCUUUGCCGCCGCGCAGUCGGCUGGCGUAUACCUUUUGGCUCGCCCUGGCCCAUACAUCAACGCAGAAGCGGCCGGUGGCGGUUUCCCAGGCUGGCUGGCGCGCAUCCCGGCCACUCUACGUACGAGCGACCCCGGCUACCUCAAUGCCACCCAGCUGUACAUGACCGAAGUUGGAGCGAUCAUUGCGAAAGCUCAAAUCACCAACGGCGGUCCGGUCAUCUUGGUUCAGCCUGAGAACGAAUACUCCACUGGAUCGGCCUUCCCCGAACCUGACUACUUUGGCUUUGUCGAGCAGCAACUGCGGAAUGCCGGCAUCGUAGUUCCACUCAUCAGCAACGACGCCGGGCCGUACGGCAAUUUCGCCCCAGGUCAACCAGAUGCUGUCGACAUCUACGGCCAUGAUGGCUAUCCUCUUGGCUUCAACUGUGCGAAUCCGAGCGACUGGGGCACCGGUUCGCUUCCUACCAACUGGGCUGAUCUUCAUGCCGAGCAGAGCCCGAGCACGCCCUACUCCAUCGUGGAGUUUCAAGGCGGUAGUUUCGACCCAUGGGGUGGCGUCGGCUUCAACAACUGCGCGGCUCUGACCAAUGGCCAAUUCGAAAGUGUCUUCUACAAGAACGAUAUUAGCUUCAAGGUCUCCAUCUUCAAUCUGUAUAUGACGUUCGGAGGGAGCAAUUGGGGUAAUCUCGGUCAUCCGGGAGGCUAUUCGAGCUACGAUUACGGCGCUGCAAUCACCGAAAACAGACAAGUCUAUCGUGAAAAAUAUGGCGAGGCGAAACUCAUCGCAACUUCCCUGCGCGCCGCCGGGGAUGCCUACUUGACUGCCAUUCCUCAGAACAACCAAGACGGUGCUGGAGCGUACAGUGGAAACAACAACGUCUUUGUCACUGGUGUCUUCUCCAACACGACCAAGUUCUUUGUCGCCAGACAGUCUACCUACUACUCCACGAGCACGGUCGAAUACACCCUUGACUUGCCCACCAGCGAGGGGAGUAUCACCAUUCCACAACUAGGAGGCCAGCUGUCCAUUCAAGGGCGUGACUCGAAGAUCCACGUCGUGGACUACGACCUUGCUGAGGGAACAAACUUGCUCUACUCAUCCGCCGAGAUUUUCACCUUCCAGCAAUACGGAAGCAACCGAACUUUGAUCCUCUACGGCAACCCUGGCGAGCGACAUGAAUUCGCUGUCAUCAACGGCGGGACCGCAAAGCUCGUAGAAGGCCCGAAGGUCGAAAUCCGGACCCGGAAGAAGGUGGAGACCGUUGUCAAUUUCACCAUCGGAAGCUCGCGAAACGUCGUCAAGUUCUCGAAUGGCCUCACCGUAUACGUUGUCGACCGCCAGUCCGCCUACGGAUACUGGGUCAUCGAUCCUUCUCCUUCUGCCAACACUCCGUCUUUGCCUAUCGUCAACAUGCCGUCCGGAUAUCUCGUCCGCAACAUCACUUCCAACGGCGGAACGAUUACUGUAGUUGGAGAUCUCAACGCCACGACUCCAAUCGAAGUCAUUGCAGCGCCAGGUGCCAAAGCAGUGACAUUCAACGGAAAGCAGCUCAAGACCACCGUUGAUGCAAAGACCGGAACGCUGAAUGCCGUCGUGACAUACAAUGCGCCGAAGAUCACCCUUCCGGACUUGUCCACGAUCAGCUGGAAGACCAUUGAUGGUCUCCCCGAAAUCCAAAACUCGUAUGACGACUCGAAAUGGCCCAAGGGAGAUCAGGACUACACCCUCAACACUGAGCGCCCGGAUCUGAACACGCCCACGUCUCUCUACUCCUGCGACUACGGGUUCCAAACCGGAUCCCUUUUGUACCGCGGUCACUUCACGGCCAAUGGUAACGAGACCACCCUGCAAAUCUCCCCUCAAGGAGGAUAUGCGUUUGGGUACAGUCUGUGGAUCAACGAUACCUUCCUUGGCAGCUGGGACGGUAAUGCCAACAACUACUACAUGUACGAAACGUUCAAUCUUCCGACGUUGAAGAAUGGCUCCGACUACGUCUACACCCUCCUCAUCGACCACAUGGGCAACAAUGAGAACUACGACCCGGGCUACGACUACAUGAAGGAGCCUCGGGGAGUGAUGCAGUACGAGUUCAGCGGUCACAACCUGAGCGACAUCACAUGGAAGCUUACGGGCAAUCUCGGCGGCGAAAACUACAUCGACCGCACCAGAGGCCCCCUCAACGAGGGCGGCAUGUGGGCGGAGCGUCAGGGAUACCACCUUCCCGACCCACCAAGCUCGUCGUGGAACACCAGCAACGGCCCGACGGACGGCAUUGACCAUGCCGGAGUGCAGUUCUACACCACCCAAUUCGAUCUCGACUUGCCGGAGGGUUAUGACAUUCCGAUCUCCGUCGACUUUGGAGCAGAGUCUUUGAACACCAACUCCAGCUACCGCUGCCUGGUUUUCGUCAACGGUUACCAGUUUGGCAAGUUUGUGUCAAAUAUCGGGCCUCAGACUAGCUAUCCGGUUCCGCAAGGCAUCUGGAACUACCAAGGCGCCAAUACUCUUGCGAUGAGCUUGUGGGCUUUGGAUGCGGACGGAGCGACCCCGCCGUCAUUGAAUCUCGUCGCUGACGCCGUGUAUCAAUCGGGUUACGGCGCAGUCGAGGCCAGUCCCCAGCCGCCAUGGCACUUGCGCAAGAGUGCAUACUAA